UUUUUUUCCCUCUUUUUCCCGUUACCAGGCCAGUGUUCGGUGCUUGGAGGUACGUGGACAAGGCAAAUGGUACUCAAAUGCUUUCCAACCGGCCAAAGAGACAGCAAACCUCUUCAGAUCUAGCUUUCCUUCUUUUCUUCACUUUCUGACUGCCAUCCUUUACCAUUUACUCUCCACCAUUUAUUCUGCUCAUGUCGUCGCAAACUAUACCAACAACUACUGCGACCGGUUCAUCUACGACUCUGACCAAUGCACAAUCUACAACGAAUACCGCUACCCAAACUACUCAAUCUUUAACGGAAACUACGCAAACCGAAUCUGAUACUCAAACGGCCACUCAAACUGCUACCCAAACUGCUACUCAAUCGACCACUCAAACGGCAUCUUCGACCACUCAAACUACCUCGAACAUGUCGACUACAUCUCCGACUUCUUCGAAUCGUCUCGUUUCCACUACAGCGUCGCCUACUACGACUGCUUCACCCACAACUACUUCAUCUUCUAAUACUUCACCGACUGCCACCACAAGUAAUACUUCAACAACCGAAAUGUCCACUUCGUCUUCACAAAAUACGUCAAGCAGUACCCAGGCACCUACAACGUCUACAUCCACAACGACUUCUGAGUCGUCGUCGUCGUCAUCAUCAUCAUCAUCGUCGUCGUCGUCUCCCACUACAUCAUCUUCAUCCUCAUCUUCCACUUCAACAUCGGAACUGCCGUCGACAACGACGUCUGAGACGACUUCAUCAACUUCACAGUCGACUUCCUCAACGACGGCAACAACAACAUCCUUACCAACCACAACGUCUACCUCUUCCUCCGCCACCUCGACGUCUGUAAUCACGACAACGUCAACCACUCCCACUACGACAUCGACGCCUGCUGUUACAGAAACAACGACAUCAACGACAUCGUCAACCUCAUCCACGAGCACUGACCUUGAAACCAGCACCACCUCUACACCUGCUGAGACCGUAACUACCUUGCAGAGUACUGUGUACAUAACCACGACAAAUAGUGCUGGCCAGACGACAACAAGUACGCCAUCGGCUGUUACCAGUUUGGUGACAAGUACAGGUAGUGAUGGAGGCGUCGUCACCAUAACACAAAUCGGUGUCAACCCCACUCUAAGCUCGGAUUCUGGCUCUAGCAGCAACACCUCAUCCUUCUUUCAAAACAAAGGUGCAGUUGCGGGGGUAUUCGUGCUCGUCGGCCUGGCAGCAGCGUCAAUAAUACUAUUCAUAAUUUUCUACAUUCGUCGGCGGCGUCGCACUCGGCGAAUGGAGCAUGACAAUGCCGUCUCGGCUACUCUUACUGCUGCUGGCUUUCACCGUGCACCCCUCGAUGAUGAUGACGAACAUGAGGAUGGCUCGAGAAUGCAGAUGUCUCAGCAUUCUCCCCGGAGCUCUAUACCAAGUGCGGGUCGACUGUCUGCUUACAUCGAUAAUGUGGAAGGUGGCUAUAAUCCGUAUGCAGACGUUGGUCAUCCUCCAAUAGGCAGGGACGAUUACACACCAGUGAGGAGUCCGAGUCCACCACCCGGUGCUGGCAGUGGCGUGUUUGGUAACAUCCGUGGAAACGCGAGCGAGCAGAGGAUCAGUCAUUCUGCGUCACAUAGUGCAGGAAGCUACGAGCCACUUCUGGCAUCCUUCUAUCAAGCCCAAAACACUGGUGAUAAUUCAGGGCCUCCUUCGCCACCGCCUCGUAACCCACGAAGACUCUCAGAUACGAAAAAUCAGCCAUCACCCACCACUCAAAACACCGAAGGCAAUGAUGCCGCCUCAUCAGUAUACUCUUCGGAGAGUACAGGAGAUGACCGCCUAGAUCCUGACCUCCGCCGGCGGCUCAAAGAUGAUUCAGAUAGUGACAGGGCCGACCUUAGGGACAAUGAAGACUACUCGCGUCCGGUUCUUGGAGUUCGGAAUGUUCCGGAUAAGGUUUCCCAGGAGUCCUAGGUAGCUUUUUCCGUCAUACUUACUCGAGGUGCCGACACCUCAACAGCAUUGCGGACCCUUGUAUAUUCUGACGCCCAUUUGCAUGGACCUCUGAACUUGUUUUUAGUAGACACUGACACGAAAACGCACGCUCUUUACUUCAUUUUAGUAUAUUUUAUAUAGUGUAUUUGGUAACCAUAGACCGAUGCCCUUGUUGGCAGCAUACGAGUUGUAGUACAUUGCAUAUGGACCGAAUACAUAGAUAUUCUUUACGCAUUCUCAGUCUGUAUACUUUUUCCGCUUGUACUUAGCUUGGGGAGGAGGCAUUUUGUUUCACGUGAUGUCUAGGACACGACGCGUCGUAGGGUACGGAGUAGUCCUUAGUCGAGUAUUUUCGAUUAGUAAAAGCCGGUAUGGUUUUCAGAUUUCUCUAGUAAUGUUUUUAUCAAUAAUACCCACGCAUUUGUUAUCAGA